AUGGCUCUAUUGCAAACAUCACUGAUCUGGGUCAUUUACGCAGUUGUAGUGGCCAUUCUGUUUGCCAUUGCCUCGGUCUUUAUUCAUGUUUAUCAAACUCCUUGUGAUCGCUCGCGAUCAGUGACCCUGACAUGUACCGUUGCAAUUGCAAGCCUUCUUGCGACGAUUCUCUUACUACCGGUUGAUGUCGCAUUAGUCUCUUCCACCGUCUCAUCUGCCGUGGGCCAACGAAGAGACUGGGCGACUCAAGAAGUCGUGGAUAGAAUCAUCUUUUCCCUGACCCUUGUAUAUUAUAUCCUGUAUUCUCUGGAUAUUCUUCUCUGUCUUCUUGUUGUCCCAUUCGUCUAUUUUUGGUAUGAAGAGUAUGACGAAGUGGCUGCUCAAGCAAGGGAGCAAUCUUUCGGGCAGCGGCUUUGGGGUGCUUUCAAAUAUACACUGUCAUUUGUUGCCAUAUCCAUCAUUUUGUUUCUCGUUGGAUUCUUUGUGCCUAUUGCCAGAGAGAAUGGGAAUAAUGGCCUUGAUUUCUUCAAGAAUCUACUCGGCGAGAACCGUGGCGAACGCGCUCUUACUUUUGCUCUCGGCUUGUUGAUUACGAUUGGCAUGUGUGUCUAUGUCAUGUAUACUUCCACAGGUCUUGCCGUUCUUCCUGUCCGUUUGAUCAGAGGUGGUCCUCGGCUACCGAAUGUUAGCAGUUUGAACGAAGCGUCUACUGUGCAGCUUGAGUCAAACAGGGAACGACAGCGCCAAUUAGAAGGCCGCUGUGGAGGUAACCCUGAGCUUUUGUCGCAUAAAGACCGCAGAGAACUAGACGCACUAGUGAGGGAAGAAAGAACACUGUUCAGGAGGCAGCGCUUACUACAGGAGGCCGAUGGCGAACAUCAGCCCUUCCUGAUGAGAGCGUGGUCCAGAUUUGAAGCUUUCUUCUGCCCGUUCAAACUAUUAGUUGGAUUGAUGCUAUUCCUUGUUGUGCUACUAAUCUGGGUAUCUAUGCUCUUGACUGCCAUCGAUAAAGCCAAGAACUCAUUAUGCAAACGUCAUUGUGGAUAUAUCCUGGGGCAUAUCAACAUCUUCAACCCAAUUAACCAAAUAUUCGUACAAUCCGCCAAAGUGUUUCCGAUCGACUAUGUGAUUUUCACUAUGCUUGCGCUACUGCUCUUCUCCGGCACGGUGAUCGGCAUUGCUAGCAUUGGGAUUCGAUUCUUAUGGAUCAGUAUCUUCCAGGUUCGGAAAGGCCAUACUUCCCCGCAGGCCUUGCUUUUCAUGACGACAAUGUUGAUGUUGGCGAUCCUUGCUCUGAAUUACUCGAUUUCCAUGAUUGUCGCGCCCCAGUACGCAACAUUUGGACCUCAAACAUUCUGCGAUCGAUCGUCCGAUACGUCCGGGAUACAUCUAGGCUGCACAGAAACCAGGCAUCUUGUCAAGCCUUGCUCGGAAGCAGUCGAUAAUGAUGCAGCCAGACGAGUGUGUACACCUAGUGUGGCUAGUACAGUUCUCAACAGGGUGACAAUAAACUUUCCCUUUUUCGGUGCAAUUUUCUUUUGGGGCCAAUUUGCUUUCUUGGGGAUCCACUUGCUUGCCCUGCUCAUUGCUCUUCUACGCUCGCCGAAGCUGGACGAGCGGCAACUUGACGAGGAUGCAGAGGAGGCCGAGGAGGAGGCAUUGUUAGCAAGCUCUAGGAGAAAUACGGAUACGCGAUGGCAGAAUAUAGUUGGUAGGGCGAGCAGACACGAGAACGUUUGA